AUGUCCACUGUCUUUGCUAACAUGACUCCCUCUCAGAUGUUUGCGUUUGCUUGGAGGAACAUGUCCAAAGAGAAAGCUUUAGAGUAUCCGUCUUACCACGAUUUCCUUUGCCAGCGAGUUGGAAGUGAAGGAUGUGCCUUUUUAAAUCUGAUUUAUGGAAUAAAAAUGAAUUAUAAUAUGGCGAGAAGUACGCUGACUAGAUACGAGAGUAAUAACGGAAUGAAGUUUACAUCUGAAUACGUUAGACCAAGAGGUGGAUUAUCCGAAAUUGUGGAUGCUUUAGCGAAAUCUGUGAAGCGUUUUGGGGCUAGAAUGUACGCAAAGGAAGCUGUGAGCUCAAUCAACAGAGACGGAGAACCAAACACGUUUGUAGUCCGUACUGAACGUUACGUUGUAUCGGCUAAAAAGGUUAUCGUUGCUAUCCCAUUUUUGCCCUUAAAAGAGAUAAACGGUGAUAUCGGCUUUGAAAUAAAAAAUCAUACUUAUUUCACACAUAUCAUUGGUCAAAAAUGCUUCAAAGCAGUGGCGAUUUACAAGUAUCCUUGGUGGGAAAACGCAACCUCGGUCCAUAACAUGUCGUUGAAGACCUGGAAAAGAUACGUAUCAACUGCUACUUGUUUGGUGUAUAUGAUGCCUUACAGGUAAGCUGAACGAAAAUCAUCCCCCAAUGUAAUUUUACCGGGGACAAAGUAACCUUUUAUGAUCGGAGCCGGAGCGGAAUAUUUUUUAGUCCUGGCUGGGUAAGGAGAAACUUUUAUCAAGGUGCAGGGCUCAUCUCAGGGUUUUCAUGAUGCUUACUCUUGCAUAAGAUUACAACUGAUUGGAGGUAUAUUGGCCAUUUAGCUGUUGCUUUGACUGACUGGCCAGGUCAACUUUGUGUCCAAUUGGAGGGUUCCCGAUAGGUUUUUUGGGAGCCAGCGGGAUUUGCCUUAUUUGAGGGCCGGGAUGCUGGAAUUUAAACCAAAAUGGGAGCGAGGUUCUGGCUUGAAAUUAGCUAGCGAAAGGUAGUAAAUGUCGCGAAAAAAGUAAAAAAUAGUUUAAAAAAUGCUAAAAAAAUGAAAAAUUGCCCAAAAGUUGCCGAGCAACUUGUGGCUAAGCCUACUGCCAAGCUCUGCCUAACUGAAAAAGCACUAUCAUUUAAAUGAAGAUAUGAUCGUUGCGGUUGCCAUAGUAAUUUAAGCAAUUGUAAAUUAAGCUCAACCCCCACCAAAAAAAACAACAACAACAACAACAAUAACGGAUUUUCAACGAGAUUCAAACAUAUGGCCUCUGUGUUAGCGCUGAACUACUCCACCAACUGAGAAAGAAGACCCAUACAUUGGCAGCAGGACAAUUUGCGACCUUGUCGAUCCCCAAGGCUUUCCGUCCCUCAAUUUUCUAAGGGAAAAGCCAUGCGGACGAAGUUGCCCAGUUUGUUGAGUUCUUCUUAACCCGUGAAAGGAAUAAAACACAAACAGAAUAAAGAUUAUGUGAACCGGGCAAAUGAAGAUAUGACCGUGGUUCACGUCAUCUCGGCAUUCUAAUCUUAGCACUGACUCAGCAUUAUAUCUGUUACUAAUGCCCCAAAUGUCUAAUUGCCAAGUUUGUCUUUCUUUGCAUUUUAGCCGAGGACCUCAAGGUGAAGGAAUCAUUCAACUAAGCUACAAUUUUUACGACUGCGCAGUGAAAUGGGGCCAGCUUUCCAAAUUACCUAGAGCCACGUUCCUAUCGGAAUUGAAUAAAGCUGUGCAGGCGGUGUUUCCAGGAAUGGUUGUUCCGGAACCCCUCGACGUCAAAUUCAAGUACUGGGAAGCGUGCUGGCAAGUAUUAAAUUAAAUCGAUCAUGAAAAAAUCUAGAUUCACAGCAACAAGCCCGUAAAAAACUAUGGGUCAAACAGACUGGAAUCAAAGAACGAUUCCCUGUUAAAGAUCUCUCACAGCAAGAGAAGAAGGAGCCUGAGGAAGAGGAAGGCUUCUGCCAACCCCCGACGCGUGGCCUGCGCAGCUGGCAAAAUUGUUUUUGCGCGUGUGAGAGUUUUAGCCAUUCUCGCGGACUUUGCUGCGAGAAGCGACCUCCCCAUUCUCUGCACGGCUUUGCAAUUCCUAUGCCAAAAACUUUGCUCAUGCAUGCUAAAUAACACUCCCGCUGGGUACUCAGGCCACUGCGCGUUCUUUUAUGUAGCCGCCGACCACAUCUGUGCUCAAAACUUACUACUUUUCAAAACCAGUUUCGUUCAAUAUGGAAUGCGCGUGCCCUUAGACCGCACGCAAUACAUCAAAGACUGCUUGGUGCUCACUUGCAAAUUUUUUUAAGAAGUCUCUUCGCCUGCAUUAAUUCUUGAAAGAAAAGGAGUUUAAAAAUGGGAUGAAUCAGUCUCUCACGCUGUGAUACGUCCUAGAGAAAUUUGUAGCCUUAAGACUCCAGCCUGGUUCCCAGAACUUUUCCCUUAGAAGGUGGCCCCUCCCAUUUUCUAGAGAAAAAAACCCGGGGGAAGGGUACUCCUGGGAAUUCUUUGUGGGGGCAUGCCACCCUGUUCUCCAAAUCCUGACCCUAUUUCAGGCGAAAAAAUGUCAUUUUUCGCACCCGUUUUCAGUCCUGGGCCCAGUUGUUCGAAGGCCGAUUAACGCUAACCUUGGGUUAAAUUUUAACUCGGGUCAUUUUUCUCAUCAUCUAAAGCAUUUUCUCGGACUAUUUUCUCUAAUGUUUUUAGAGUAGCCAAUCAUCAAAUUGUAGAAAAAAAGAAUUAAACCAAAUUUGCUUUUUAAGCUUUUAUAUCUGAAUUCAAAUUUCGCACUAACCCUGGGUUAUCUUAACCCAGCUUUGAACAACCCGGCCCUGGCCUCUAAGAAAUCAUGUCGUCAUUACUUAGAUUAGAGAGCAACAUAAAAGAUUUCUUAAAAUCAAUUUCGAAUUCGCACAUUUCUCUUUCUUUCAUACUCAUUUGGAAUUGAAACUAUAAAUACAAUCAUACACUUCCGUAGUUCCCUCGAAAACCACACCCGAUUCCAGACAGAAAUGGGCAAAGUCUAUACCCAUUUUCAGACAAAAACGGCGCAAAAAAACGUAACCUAUAGGGCGGCACAUACCUACAUGGGUUGUAUAAGGGAGUACUUCCCCGGCUAAAAACUCUCAAAUUCUCUAGUGAUUUUACAUGUUAUGCUGUGUUCAUUUAAAACUUGCGCACUGCAUACCAUAUGAUUCUGUAAGGGGCGGGUGUUAAGGGUGGGGGCGCUUGUCUAAAGAGUGGCGCUAAUUCGAGCAUUUACGUAAUGUUUUAGGCAUUACACAAAGGUAGGAUCUAACGUCAGCCGUCACGAUACAGAGGAAUGGGCCAAGCGCCCUUUUCCAGGAGAGCAGAUAUACAUCGUCGGUGAAGCGUUUGCGGUGAUCGUGGAAUGGAAUGAAGGAGCCCUCCAAACAGCAUACAAAGCACUAAAGGAAGGAUGGGGAAUAGAAGAACCAGAACCUUAA